AUGUCAGUCGGCUGUCCGCAGGUGCCCGCCUCCCCCAGCUUCCACCCUCAGUCUCCCCCACAAACCCUCCCUCGAGCUACCACCCUCAGUCUCUCACCCAACCCCCACAUCCUACGUCGAGCUCCCACCCUCAGUCUCCACCCCCACCCCCAACCCUCCCUCCAGCUUCCACCCUCAGUCUCCACACCCAAACCCUCCCUCCAGCUUCUACCCUCAGUCUCCCCCCCCCCCAACCCUCCCUCCAGCUUCCACCCUCAGUCUCCACCCCCAACCCUCCCUCCAGCUUCCACCCUCAGUCUCCACCCCAAAAACCCUCCCUCCAGCUUCCACCCUCAGUCUCCCCCCCCAACCCUCCCUCCAGCUUCCACCCACAGUCUCCACCCCCAAAACCCUCCCUCCAGCUUCCACCCUCAGCCUCCACCCCCAACCCUCCCUCCAGCUUCCACCCUCAGUCUCCCCCCAAAACCCUCCCUCUAG